AUGUCCCAAAGACCAGGCAAACCGGCUUUAGAGGCUUUAUCACCUCGGACAUCGAGUAAACCAAACCGUAAACCUAUUUUACCUGGACCAAUAGCUCGUUCAGCUAGAGCAUCUGCGCUUCAACCUGUAAAUCUCACUUCGGCUUCUUCUUCCGGAUCCUCCACGGUGUCAGGUAUAAAUAUGAAUAUGAACUCGACUUCGAAUUCAAACGCAGAGUUGAAAGGAAGAGGUAAAAGCUUGUUUCAAUCUUUUAGAUCUUUAGCUCCAAACGCAAGGAUCAUCUUUGGUCUCGUUGUAGGAACAGUUGGAAUAGCAGGUUUGCUGAUUGAUAGAAACGUACUUCAAGAUGAUAAAAUAGAAGAUAAACCUCCAAUCAGUGUCAGGAUGGUUGAUCGAAAAUAG